UGGUGUUGAAAGUAGUUUUGAUAAUAUAAAAUCAUUUUGAAAAAUGGCACGAAUUAUGUGGUCGGAAUUGUUUCCGACAAAAUUUAGUUUAAUUAUAUUUAUUUCGUAUAUGUUACUAUUUGUCAAUCAAGGAAUACUUGUAACGGCUUCUCAAGGACCAAAUAAUAAUUAUGUAUAUAAUACCGUUACUGUUGUUCUAUUUACUGAAAUAUUAAAACUAGUCUUAUCUACGAUCUUGUAUUGUAAAAAUCACACUUGGAAAUCGUUAUUUGAAGAAACAAUUAAACAUUCAAAAGUUCUUGGUUUAUAUUUUGUUCCAGCAUUUUUAUAUUGUAUUUAUAAUAAUUUAGCAUUUGAAAAUUUAUCUGCAUUUGAUCCGACAACAUACAAUUUAUUACUACAAUUACGAGUUGUUAUUACUGGAUUAUUAUUUCAAUGUAUAUUCAAGAAGCAAUUGAGUGGAAAACAAUGGUUUUCAUUGAUAUUAUUAACAAUCGGUUGCAUGUUAAAAGCCGUAAAUUUCGAUCAAUUUUUGGCACAAACAUCCGAUGAACAAAUUAUAACAUCAAUAAUUACGUCAAAAAAUAGCACAAUACGUUUAAAUGAUUUUCAACAUGUAAUUGAAUUAAUAUUCAUAUUAAUACAAGUAUUAUGUUCAUGUUUAGCGGGUGUUUAUAAUGAACAUUUAUUAAAAAAAACUGGUCAUGAUGUAAACAUUUUUAUACAAAACAUUUUUAUGUAUAUUGAUUCAAUCAUAUGUAAUGUUUUAGUAUUAAUGUUACAAGGCAAAUUAACGGAUGCAUUUACAACAGAUAGUUUACAAUCGAUUUUACAUUAUAAAGUGAUUUUAAUUAUGUGUAAUAGUGCAACCGUUGGUAUAAUUACAAGUUUAUUUUUAAAAUCAUUAAAUUCAAUAUUAAAAACAUUUGCUAGUGCAUUAGAAUUAGUUUUUACCGCUGUUUUUAGUUAUAUAUUCUUGGGGAUGUCAAUACCGUUGAAUACAAUGUGUGCGAUAGCUGUUGUAUCGUAUGCGGUUUAUUUAUAUUCGAAAGUACCAAUCAUUAAUAAUGUUCCUAAUGAAUCCAAAAUUAAUGAUAAGAAAUGUAUUGAUAAAGAUAAAGAAUUAUUGUUAAAACCAGAAGAAAUGGUUUAAAUUUCAAAAAUUUAUUUAUUUUAUUCGAAUUUAGGGACAUAUGGCGUAUUUGAAAUAAGUUAGGUUGUUGAGAAUCCAAUGAUAUUUGAAAUUUUUUUUUUUUUGUUGAUAGGAGAAAAUAUUUUACUUACCAGGAGUGGGCUAGAUGUUGUACCUGGUAUGUCGGACUUGAAGAUCUCCAUACCGACUAAAAACCUUCUCUGCAAUCAUUAUCCGCUCGCAAAUGCAAGGACGACUCGAUCGGAACUGCGUUAGUAUUACUUUAAUUCAGUCUGUGUUACAUCUCUCGAAGUCUGCUCCUGUAUACUGCUUUCUUGCCAGGAUUUUAUCCUGUAAAAGCCGUCGCACGUAAGCUGCGAUUUUCGACCAGUUCUCUUCACGUUGUAGCAUGUGGACUGCUAAUAUUGUCGGGUUGAGAACUUUUCCUAAGGUCACUUCGUACUGGCUUUUUAGUGCUUUCAGCGCUCGCAUAUGAAAAAUGUGUGCUCAGCAUUGUUCGUUUGGUAAGGGCAGUACUUGCAUAUGGGGGUGUGGGGGAGGUCCCUUACCCGCCCACAGGUUGGUCAGGAAAUUGUCUUUCCCCGUGGUUUUGAGUGAGCCAAACUUUGUCAGACGUCGUCUAUCUUUCUUGCCAUUUUUCCAGCGUUUUUGCCUUCACAUUAUUAUAUAAUACAACUUAUUUUGGGUUGUCCUGUUAAGAAUACUAUAAAUUCUCUUUAUGUUGGUAACUGACAAAAUUAAUCUUAAAAUUUAGCAAGUUUAUUUUAACUAGAGUGGUCUGAUUUCGAUCUGCCAUACUACCUUAAAGAGUAAUCGAAUAAAAAUAGCUUU